AUGCCUGAACAAAGCAAUGAUUAUAGAGUAGUGGUGUUUGGAGCAGGAGGUGUUGGCAAGAGUUCCUUGGUCUUGAGGUUUGUGAAAGGCACUUUCCGAGAGAGCUAUAUCCCCACUGUUGAAGAUACCUAUCGUCAGGUGAUCAGCUGUGAUAAGAGUAUCUGCACUUUGCAGAUCACAGACACAACAGGUAGCCAUCAGUUCCCAGCAAUGCAACGCCUCUCAAUUUCCAAAGGUCAUGCCUUUAUCUUGGUUUAUUCUAUCACAAGCCAACAGUCUUUGGAAGAACUCAAACCCAUCUAUGAACAGAUUUGUCAGAUCAAAGGAGAUGUGGAAAGCAUUCCAAUCAUGCUAGUGGGGAACAAGAAUGAUGAGAGUCCAAACCGAGAGGUGGAGAGCAGUGAGGGUGAAGCUUUGGCAAAGAAAUGGAAGUGUGCCUUUAUGGAGACCUCAGCUAAGAUGAAUCAUAAUGUCAAAGAACUCUUCCAAGAGCUACUAAACCUGGAGAAGCGCAGGACUGUGAGUCUUCAGAUUGACGGAAAAAAGAGUAAGCAGCAGAAAAGGAAAGAGAAGCUGAAGGGUAAAUGUGUGGUCAUGUGA